GAAAAGCACAAAGACUCGUUUUGCAUUAGUGCGUUUGUUUACAAUGUUUAAGAACGGUUGCUCUGAACAUUCUUCAUUAACAAUGAGCAAGCAAAAACACAUUGAGGAAGAUUUUCUUCAGCCUGAUCUUAAAAAGGAUGGGAAAAGUGAAUAUUUAGAGAAGAUCGGUGCGGUCAUCCAAAAGCGUCAUGAUUCACAGAUUGAGUUAAAAACAAAGACACCACCUAAGCAGGAGAAGUACAGAUUUAGAGUCGGGUCUUUUGAAGAUACAUCAUUCAAACAAGAUCCUGACAUGUUAGAAGAGUGGGAGCAGUUCUACCUACCAGAUGAAAUGAAGAUGAAGGUUUUUGGGGUUCUGGAAGAUUUUCCCUGUGACAGCUCUGAUGAUGAACUGGUGUUGAUGGUGUGUGAGGAUGGUAAAGUGUUUGGCUAUGAAGAAGAGUUGCUGCAUGUGGUGGCCGACAACCUGAAUGAGCUUUUUGAAAGUGGGUUUCAGUUUCCAGGCACUGAACAAUUCUACAGAGGCCAAAGCUUUGAGGACGUGAAAGAUGAUGACUGGGAUAAACUGAAAGAAAAGAGUAAAAUGAUGAAGGAACACAAGGAAUUGUUGAAGAAAGAAGAGUCUUCCUACCUGAAGAGUUUGGAGAUCAGGAAGCAAGCAAAAACACAUUGAGGAAGAUUUUCUUCAGCCUGAUCUUAAAAAGGAUGGGAAAAGUGAAUAUUUAGAGAAGAUCGGUGCGGUCAUCCAAAAGCGUCAUGAUUCACAGAUUGAGUUAAAAACAAAGACACCACCUAAGCAGGAGAAGUACAGAUUUAGAGUCGGGUCUUUUGAAGAUACAUCAUUCAAACAAGAUCCUGACAUGUUAGAAGAGUGGGAGCAGUUCUACCUACCAGAUGAAAUGAAGAUGAAGGUUUUUGGGGUUCUGGAAGAUUUUCCCUGUGACAGCUCUGAUGAUGAACUGGUGUUGAUGGUGUGUGAGGAUGGUAAAGUGUUUGGCUAUGAAGAAGAGUUGCUGCAUGUGGUGGCCGACAACCUGAAUGAGCUUUUUGAAAGUGGGUUUCAGUUUCCAGGCACUGAACAAUUCUACAGAGGCCAAAGCUUUGAGGACGUGAAAGAUGAUGACUGGGAUAAACUGAAAGAAAAGAGUAAAAUGAUGAAGGAACACAAGGAAUUGUUGAAGAAAGAAGAGUCUUCCUACCUGAAGAGUUUGGAGAUCAGGAAGCAUCAUGAUCCUGCUCAAAUGGGGGGAGCAGCAAAAUAAGCUGCUUAAAGAAGCACAAGAAUAAAAACACAACUAAACUAUACUGAAACUUCACUCUUUCUGGAUUGUGUAUAUAAGUCUGAAGACCUACAACAUUCAUGUGUAAAUCAAAAACUAUUGAACAUUUACUUGUCAGUAUACUAAGAUGUGGUUAAUGAUUUUUUGUGCGUUUCUCUAUAGUAAACUCAUAAACCUAAUGCAGAAUUAAAUGUAGACUUGUGAACAGAACAUUCCAGAGUAAAUUUUCUCUGUACAGUUUAACUUUGUCAUGAACAAAUGACAAUGCAAUGACUUCUAGAAACUUAUUCCCUAAGUUCAAUGAUUAACUGAUUAAUUUAGAUAGACUUUUAUAAAUUAAUAAUUAAACAUUUUUUAAGAAGUUAUUCUGACAGUCUUUACCGUGUUUGCUUAAUAAAGAAAUAAUUUUGAGGUGAAUGCUAAAAUGUGUUGAGAAAUCAUUUAUAAUUAGAUCAUCCAGUUUUCACAAGCUCUACAAGUGUGUAAUGGGCAAGUAGUCAUCAAACCCCACCACACUGCACCACCAAUAAAAUGAAUUGGCUUUGCGGGUACUUCAUUUGCCAAGUGUUUAGGUUGGGUUAUGGUAAAACAGAGCAAAACAGUGCAUUUGGUAAUGUAUAUAGUUGUGAAGAUAUUUAAAUACUGUUUAAAUGUACUGGUCUCUUUAUUAGGAUUACAUAACGUAUAUCAUAUAACACAUAUUCUAGUUGUAGGUGUAGAGCUAAAAACUACAGCUGCUUUCUUUUUAAUGCACAAUAUGUGUUUAUCUUCCUCUAGUUUAUCAGUGGACAUUUUCCUAUGUUAGGACACUGUUAGCUUUGUUUUUGGCUGAAGCACUAUUUUUCUCUGUGGUGUUUAAAAUUUCCAACUGCUGUAUCUGCUUCUCAUUUCAUUAUCAUUGGGCGGCACGGUGGCUAAGUAGGCAGCACUGUCGCCUCACAGCAAGAAGAUCCCCAGGUGGGGCAGUUCGGGUCCUUUCUGUGCGGAGUUUGCAUGUUCUCCCUGUCUGUGUGGGUUUCCUCCGGGUGCUCCGGUUUCCUCCCACAGUACAAAAACAUGCAAGUGAGGUGAAUUGGAGACACUAAAUUGUCCAUGACUGUGUUUGAUAUAACCUUGAGAGGUGAUGAAUCUUGUGUAAUGAGUAACUACCGUUCCUGUCAUGAAUGUAACCAAAGUGUAAAACAUGACGUUACAAUCCUAAUAAACAAAUAAACAUGAAAAAGCUUUAA